AUGAACCGAGUUCUUUCUGAUGCAAGAGUGCGCAAUACCAUAUCUCACGAUGUAUACAUCACAUCGGGUCAUACUAUACGUCGAUUUAAAGGUGACAUUACGCUUCAAAAAAAGUUCUGUGACAGUUUUGUGUUUGGUCAAGGCAGUUGUGUGUUACAGCAUUCCAAAGUGGAGGUAAAAAAAGGGAAAAUUCGAUACAUUCUUCAGUACCACUACGACCAAGGUGAAAAGGCGGAGCAGGCGGCCAAAAAAAGUUGUGCUGUUUAUGGACCCAAUACAGUAUCGAAUGCAACAGCAAAGCGGUGGUUCCAACGAUUCCGUUCUGGUAAUAUGGACGUCGAAGAUGAGGCACGCUCUGGUAGGCUAAUCGUCGAAAAUGUCGAUAAAAUCAUGGAAAUCGUCGAGUCGGACCGGCACGUGAGCACUUAUUCCAUUGCCCAGGAACUGAAGAUUAGCCAGAAAACCGUUUGGAACCAUUUGCAUACGGCUGGUCUCAAGAAGAAGCUCGAUGUAUGGGUGCCACACGAAUUGACGCAAAAGAACCUUUUGGACCGAAUUGAUGCCUGCGAUUCUUUGCUGAAACGUAACGAAAUCGACCCAUUUUUGAAACGGAUGAUAACUAGUGAUGAGAAAUGGGUCACAUACGAGAACAACAGCCGAAAAAGAUCGUGGUCCAAUCGCGGUGAGUCGGCCCAAACGAUCGCCAAGCCCGGAUUAACGGCCAAGAAGGUUUUGCUGUGUGUUUGGUGGGAAAGGAAUCAUCCACUAUGAGCUGCUCCCAUCGGGCA